AAAUUAUAAAAAAAACAUAAUUUAUAUUAAAAUGCAUAAAAUUUUAUAAAGGAUGAAUAAUAAAGUCUAUAAGAAUUAUCCUGCAUAUAAAAUGUCAUUCAUAACCUCACAUUUAAGCGUUAAAACAGCGUAAAUAAUAAUAGAUUAAAAAUUGAUAAAUAUUAAAAAUGAGUCAUUUCAACUUUAAAACUCUAAUAAAAUUAUUAUGUAUUUUUACUUGUAUAAUUGCCGUACAAAACUCCGAGAAUCACAGUACAAGUUUGAUUCCUGAACAAGAUGAUCCUUUACUGCUUCUAUUAACAUUAAGUGGAUCAUUUGUAGCAGUAGGUCAACGAUCAGGUGAAAUUCGUUGGCGUCAGGAUAACGAGCCUGUUGUAAAAGUUCCAUAUGAUGUUAGACAAUCAAUGGCACCAAUGUUUUUACCUGAUCCAAAAGAUGGAUCAUUAUAUCUUUACGGUGCAGAAUUUGAAGUGUUAAAAAAAUUACCCUUUACAAUACCACAGCUUGUUGCUAGUAGUCCUUGUAGAAGUAGCGAUGGUAUUCUUUACACUGGUCGGAAAAUAGAUACUUGGUUUAGUAUUGAUCCGGUAACUGGUGAAAGAGAACAACUUCUUGGAUUCGAAGAAGCAGAAAAUACUUGUCCUUUAGAGACACAAGAUGCCAUUUUUGUUGGACGCACAGAGUAUAAUAUUAUUAUGGUGGAUAGUAAAAGAAAGGAAAGAAAAUGGAAUAUAACUUUUUACGAUUAUUCGACAGUAAAAAAAGAUGGAGAAGGCACCGAUUAUGAUUUUGUUCAUUUUACAACAAGUUCUACCGGCCGUAUUGUUACAUUAGAUCCAAGGCUUGGUGUUAUUUUAUGGGAAUCUGAUUUAGAAAGUCCUAUUAUUGCAAUUUAUACUGUAAAUACGGAAGGUUUAGUAAAUGUUCCAUUUACAAGUGUUUCAGAUGACACAUUAGAUAAUUUAUUACAAAGAUUCACAUUAAAGCCAAGUGAUAUUCAAUUAUUUCCUACUUUAUAUGUUGGUGAACACAGACACGGUUUAUAUGCUUUACCAUCAUUAGUAGAUUCUUCUACAGCUACAAUAUCCAGUCAUACUGGACAUUUAAUGCUUGAAGGCCCUCGAAUUAUUCCCCAAGCUACCAAUAACGACAAUAAACCUGUUAAUGAUGAAUCUAUAUCUACCGAUGAUUUAGAUGAAGAAAUGAAAAUAAAUAAAAAUUCUGGAGAGAAUAAUUUGAUAGUUUUGGGACAUUAUAAAGUCCCAACUGAAUAUAAACCUUCAAAUCAACCGCUUCAAAUAACAGGAAGAUCAGAUCCUAUUAUUCAAUCAACAGAUAAAUUAGUUAAUGUUUCACAAAAAAUGACAAUUGUGGUUCAAACUGGUGAAGAGAAAAUAAAUACCAGUAUGCAGCAUAAAAGUUGGCGUAAGACUUUUGGAAAUGCUUACAAUAGUACAAAACGUUGGUUAAAUCAGCAAGAAAAUAAGGGACUUAAAUUGGCAUUAAUUAUUCUUGUUGGUUGUGUAAUUGCUAUGUUUUGGUAUUUUAAUGCACAAUUUAAAGAAUUUCAGCAAAUGUCUCAAGGCUCUAGAGAAAAUAGUAGAACAAGUAGCUACAGUGGAAAAAAUGGAAUUACUGCUAUACCUGAAGAUAUUGGAGAAGGAGCGGUAAAAGUUGGAAAAAUUAUUUUUAAUAUUGAUAAAGUAUUAGGUAAAGGAUGUGAAGGUACUUUUGUUUAUAAAGGAGAAUUUGAUGGUAGAUCUGUUGCCGUUAAAAGACUUCUCCCAGAUUGUUUUACAUUUGCUGACAGAGAAGUAGCCCUUUUAAGAGAAUCUGAUGCUCAUGCUAACGUUGUUAGAUAUUUUUGUACAGAACAAGAUAGAAUGUUUAGAUAUAUUGCUCUAGAAUUAGCUCAAGCAACUCUUCAAGAUUAUGUAGCAGGACGAUAUGAUCGGCAGACGAUCUCAGUUAAAAAUAUUUUACUUCAAGCAACCUCUGGACUUGCUCAUUUACAUUCUCUUGAUAUAGUUCAUAGAGACAUCAAGCCUCAUAAUGUUCUAAUAUCGAUGCCAGGACCUCGAGGGGAGGUCAGAGCAAUGAUAUCGGAUUUUGGUUUGUGUAAAAAAUUACAGCUUGGUCGUAUGUCUUUUUCACGAAGAUCUGGCGUGACUGGUACAGAUGGGUGGAUUGCACCUGAAAUGUUAAAUGGAGAAAGAACAACAUGUGCAGUUGAUAUAUUUUCUCUUGGCUGUGUUUUUUACUAUGUUCUGUCAAAUGGAAAACAUCCAUUUGGAGAUAGUUUAAGAAGACAAGCAAAUAUUCUUUGUGGAGAAAAUGAUUUAACAGCUAUACAGGAUAUUCCUGAUAGUGAUAAAGAACUUGCUUUGAUUUUAAUAAAAGCUAUGAUUGAUAAAAAUCCUACAAAUCGUCCACCUGCUAUAGCUAUUCAGAAUUAUCCUUUCUUUUGGAAUUCAUCACGUAUUUUAAAUUUUUUCCAAGAUGUAAGUGAUAGAGUAGAAAAAGAUGAAGCUGAUAGUCCCGCAUUAAUGGCAUUAGAAACUGGUGGAUCACGUAUUGUUCAAACAGAUUGGCGAAGUUGUAUCGAUUAUGAGGUCGCUAAUGAUCUUAGAAAAUAUAGAAGUUAUAGAGGAGAAAGUGUCCGUGAUCUCCUUCGUGCCUUAAGAAAUAAAAAACAUCAUUAUCGAGAGUUAACACCAGAAGCUCAAGCAAGUCUUGGUGAAAUUCCUGAAAAAUUUACAGAGUAUUGGCUAUCAAGAUUUCCACAUUUAUUGUCGCACAGUUGGUGUGUAAUGCAACGAUUUCGAAGAGAACCAGCUUUUCGAGAUUAUUAUCAUUUUGAUUAUGAAUUUACUACUUAUUUUGCUUAUAAUAUGGUUAUAAAUAUAUCAUGUAACAUUCAUCACAAUAACAUUAACUCUAAUGGUAAUGCUGUUGAAGUAAAAUCGUCAACGACUUCUUGGAGAACUCGGGAAACAAUUGAUUGGAGUCCUAAUCGUACCAGAUAUCGUGGAAAUAAAAAAAAAUAUGAUAAAAAGAGAACUGAAGGACCAAUAACGUGGACUCUACCAUCCAAUAGUUAAAAACUUGACUUCCACUUUUAUAUUAGAAAAUAUUAUCAAGCGGAAGUAAAGUUAAAAAUUUGUUUUAUCAACGACAAAACUUGUGAUAUUUUUUUAUAAUCAUCCUAAACGUUCAAAUUUUCAUACUUGAAUUCACUUUAAUCAUAAUUAAUAUAAAUUUUCGUCUAUUUAUCAUAUUGCGAUAUAAUUAUUCAUGUA